AUGCAUGGCAUUCUAGGAGAAUCCAACACGUCAAAUGGCGUUCCAGGCGACUCCAACACGUCGCAUGGGGUUUUAGGCGACUCCAACACGUCAAACGGCGUUUUAGGCGACUCCAAUACGUCAAAUGGCGUUCUAGGCGACUCCAACACAACGCAAGGCGUUCUACGCGAGUCAAACGCGUCAAAUGGCGUUUUUGGCGACUCCAACACGUCAAAUGGCGUUCUAGGCGACUCCAACACGUCAAAUGGCGAUCUAGGCGACUCCAAUGCGUCAAAUGGCGUUUUAGGCGACUCCAACGCGUCAAAUGGCGUUCUAGGCGAUUCCAACGCGUCAAAUGGCGUUCUAGGCGACUCCAACGCGUCAAAUGGCGUUCUUGGCGACUCGAAUUACGCGCCAAAUGGCGUUUUUGGCGACUCCAACACGUCAAAUGGCGUUCUAGGCGACUCCAACACGUCAAAUGGCGAUCUAGGCGACUCCAACGCGUCAAAUGGCGUUCUAGGCGUCUCCAACGCGUCAAAUGGCGUUCUUGGCGACUCCAACGCGUCAAAUGGCGUUCUAGGCGACUGCAGCACGUCAAAUGGCGUUCUAGGCGACUCCAACACGUCAAAUGGCUUUCUAGGCGACUCCAACACGCCAAAUAGCGUUCUAGGCGACUCCAACACGUCAAAUGGCAUUCAAGGCGACUCCAACACGUCAAAUGGCGUUCUAGGCGACUACAACGCGCCAAAUGGCGUUCAAGGCGACUCCAACGCGUCAAAUAGCGUUCUAGGCGACUCCAACACGUCGAAUGGCGUUCUAGGCGACUCCAGUACGUCAAAUGGCGUUCUAGGCGUCUCCAACGCGUCAAAUGGAGAUGCUUCCGUAUUAUCGUAG